CCCUGUGCCAACAAUCUCUUGGAGGAAAGUUAAUGGUCAUAAUCCAAGUAAAGCCCGCCUGAGAAAAUCCCAAGCUGUACUUGAAAUACCUAAUGUGCAGCUAGAGGACGCAGGAAUGUACGAAUGCAAGGCUGAAAACUCUCGUGGAAGAAAUGUCUUCAGAGGACAACUGCAAGUGUACACCUACCCACACUGGGUGGAGAAACUUAAUGAUACUCAGUUAGACAGUGGAGAUCAGCUCCGAUGGGAAUGUAAAGCCACUGGAAAGCCAAGACCCACAUAUCGUUGGCUGAAAAAUGGAGCUCCUCUCUGGCCACAG